CUCAAACGAAACACUCAACACUCAGAGUCUUCUUUCUCUUUCUCUCUGAACUCGCGACGACGAAGCGCUACCCAGGCAACGACGGUCCUCUUCGAACGGCGGUUCCCUCGCAGCGGCGAUCUCCUCGCAUUGGUGAGGUUCCCAUGCCAGCAGUGAUCACCUCCCAGCUCCGAUCCCCUCUCAGCGUCUUCUUUCUCUUCCGGCGACGAAGCGCGUCUCCUCAAGAUGGGUCACCAUGGUCGUGCCACUAUGCUAUGGAGCAUGCUUAUGCAAGUGAGAUUACAGUGCACCACUGCUAAUGCCAUUGCACGUUACGCGCGUAGCGGUAAACUAGACCAUGCUCGCAGGGUGUUUGACGAAACGUCUCUCCCUCUCAGAACCAUCUCUUCAUGGAACACAAUGGUCGCUGCGUACUUUGAAGCCUGCCAACCAUGCGAGGCUCUCUUCUUGUUUGAGAGAAUGCCCCAGAGAAAUACCGUAUCUUGGAACGGUCUCAUCUCAGGCUACAUCAAGAACGGAAUGUUGCUUGAUGCACGCAAUGUAUUUGACUCAAUGCCUGAUCGCAACGUUGUUUCGUGGACUUCUAUGGUUCGUGGCUACGUGCAAAAUGGUGAUGUUGCUGAAGCGGAACGUCUCUUUUGGCAGAUGCCCAACAAGAACGUGGUAUCGUGGACCGUUAUGCUCGGCGGGUUGCUGCAAGAGGCUCGCAUUGAGGAUGCGCGCAAGCUCUUUGAUAUGAUGCCUGAAAAGGAUGUGGUAGCGGUUACCAACAUGAUUGGAGGGUAUUGUGAGGAGGGUCGUUUGGGCGAGGCUCGUGCACUGUUUGAUCAAAUGCCGAAGAGGAAUGUGGUUACUUGGACAACUAUGGUUUCUGGGUAUGCAAGGAAUGGGAGAGUGGAUGUUGCGAGGAAGCUUUUUGAAGUGAUGCCAGAGAGGAAUGAGGUGUCUUGGACUGCCAUGCUUAUGGGUUAUACUCAUAGUGGGAGGAUGGGAGAGGCUUCUAAGCUUUUUGACAUGAUGCCGGUGAAGCUGGUUGUUGCUUGCAAUGAGAUGAUCAUGGGGUUUGGGCUUGCUGGGGAGGUGGAUAAGGCGAGGUGUGUGUUUGAGGAAAUGAAGGAUAGGGAUGAUGGAACUUGGAGUGCCUUGAUUAAGGUGUAUGAGAGGAAAGGGUAUGAGUUGAAAGCGUUGGGUUUGUUUCGGAGGAUGCAGAGAGAACGAGUUGCGCUUAGUUUCCCUUCCUUAAUUAGUGUUCUUUCUGUGUGUGCCAGCCUGGCCAGUCUUGACCAUGGGAGGCAGGUGCAUGGCCAAUUGGUGAGAUCUGAAUUUGAUAAGGAUUUAUACGUUUCCUCGGUCUUAAUUACAAUGUACAUUAAGUGUGGCGAUCUUGUGAGAGCAAAACGUGUUUUUGACAGGUUUCCUUUGAAGGAUGUUGUUAUGUGGAACUCUAUGAUUACGGGUUAUUCACAGCAUGGAUUGGGGGAAGAAGCUUUGAAUGUUUUUUAUGACAUGGGCUCCUCUGGAGUUCCACCAGAUGAUGUUACCUUUAUUGGGGUUCUUUCAGCAUGUAGCUAUAGUGGCAAGGUGAAAGAAGGGCUUGAAUUGUUUAAAUCAAUGAAAUGCAAAUAUCAAGUGGAACCGGGAGUUGAACACUAUGCUUGCCUGGUUGAUUUGCUAGGUCGAGCAGGCCAGGUUAAUGAUGCAAUGAAACUAGUAGAGAAGAUGCCAAUGGAACCUGAUGCAAUUGUUUGGGGUGCAUUGUUGGGAGCAUGCAGAACUCAUAUGAAUCUUGAUUUGGCUGAAGUUGUCGUUGAUAAACUUGCACAGCUAGAACCUAAAAAUGCUGGACCUAUCGUCUUGCUUUCAAAUAUGUAUGCUUCUAGAGGAAGAUGGAAAGAUGUUGAAGUCCUUAGGAAGAAAAUAAAAUCUAGGAGUGUUAUCAAAUUGCCUGGUUGUAGUUGGAUUGAGGUAGAGAAAAAGGUACAUAUGUUCACUGGGGGAGACAGCAAGGGCCACGCUGAGCAGCCUAUCAUCAUGAAAAUGUUGGAGAAGUUAGGUGGAUUGUUGAGGGAAGCUGGGUACUGUCCUGAUGGUAGCUUUGUCCUUCACGAUGUGGAUGAGGAAGAGAAGACACAUAGCCUGGGUUAUCAUAGUGAAAAGCUAGCUGUAGCAUAUGGACUCCUAAAAGUGCCUAAAGGAAUGCCAAUUAGAGUUAUGAAAAAUUUGCGGGUUUGUGGUGAUUGCCAUUCUGCAAUUAAAUUAAUCGCAAAAGUUACUGGAAGGGAGAUCAUUUUGAGGGAUGCUAAUAGAUUUCAUCAUUUCAAGGAUGGUUACUGUUCUUGCAAGGACUAUUGGUGAUUCCUUGAAGCUCAUAUGACCUAAGUCUUGAAGUUAUUGGAAUAAAGGGUGGCUUUACCGCUGAGUUUGAUGGACUUGUAUACCAUGUGCUCUGGGAUCAGUAUUUUACAAUCAAAUGGAAGCUCCUCAUUACGAAUUGCUAGUGUGACAUACAUAAGUGAGUAUUUUAUCCUCAAACUUAUGUUAGAAUAGAUUGAAUGAAACAUUCACUUUAGAAGAGUUAGCACUUCGACCAUACCAAUUGCUGUCAACUUUAGUGUCUCAACUAAAGCAGUCCAAGGAGGUUAUGGCAUGGUUUUAAACUUUAUGGAUAUGCUCUGACUCAUAUACCCCAUAGGCCAUAACUAGAGUUUUGUUUUAGGAGCUUUUGAUGGGGAUUCAACCUAUAUGACAAAGCAAGAACAUUAAUUGCAAGGUAAUCAAUCAUUUAGUAGCACCGGAAACCACUUGAUACUCUAUUUUAUCCCUCUACCUUUUAGCCAUAUUAGAUUUUAAAGAAUAAUUCUAGUGCGUAUAGAUAAAAUAUUAUUAAUUUCCUUACUGAAAUAGAAUAUUUUAUCCUUUCUACCCUCAUAAAAGCAAUUCUUGAGGCUAUGUAAAACUAGAGAAACGAUAUUUUGACAGCAUUUUCUUUUGACAAGUUUCACAAAGUCUAUCUGGCUCCUACGUGGUUUCUGUUUUAUUUAAUUUUUUGAAAAAACAAUUCCACCUUGUUGCGAAAGGGACAAACUCCUCACACAAAGUCUCUUCACUUUUUUGUUUCGAAAGUUCUAUGCCUCUUCUCUAUCCCUGUAGUGGUGUUACCUGUGGUGCUUCUGGUGGUUGUCCUCGGCAGUCAUGCACUGCAAAUUUGUUGUUGUGUCUCUGUCUCUUUACUCCCAUAUUUAGGGUUUUUUGGAUGGUUUUCUGGACGGCACUAUCGUGGACGGGUGUAGACUUUUGUCGUCAUUAGUUCCGUUCUUCCAACCAUGGAGUCCUUUGACAUUGUAGGUAAAUUUCCUUCUUCCACCAUUUUUGUUUUUGAGUUUUUUUUUUGAUUAAGGGUUUUUUUUUCGAAUCCCCUGUUUUUGCAUUCUCUGCUUUGGGUUCCCAUGUUGUGGGUUCUUGAAACCUUAAUAUUCCUUUCGUGUUCUUGUUUCUCCAAAUUCCUCUCUCGUUCUUGUCUCAUGAAAUAUGUUAAAAAAGAGCCAUUUAUGCUACUGACAUAUCAGAAAGAAACUCAUCCUUGUAUUUAUGGUCAUUUGGAUCUUGAAGCACUGUAUCGGUACAUUUAUUGAAGCAAUGUAUCGCGAGAUGUGAAAUUUAUUGAUUUUCAUAUCCCUAAAUAGUUUAUUUUGUUAGUUUCUUCGGCUCUUUGACAGUGAUGAAGGAUUAUUCCUUUGUUGGGGUUGCAUAUGCUAUUUAUUUACUAGGUUAUAAGUAAAGUCUGCCUAGUUGUUUUUUUGAAUCCGUGAAAUUUUGAGUUUUGAUUUCUUCUCAUUUUUAUUUUCCCUCUUUUUAAGCAUACAAGUAUGAGCUUUGUUUACUAUUAUUGAUCUCUUUUUUGAGGUCUUAAUUAUACAUAGCUGAGGUGAUUUUUGAUUUCAAUACAUCAUAUGGUGUACCCUAUUUUUUAUCUGUGUAUUGGAAGUAGUUGGCUAUGAAUUUAACAGGUAGCUUAGUUUUUGACCAAAUAAAUAGAUUAUAAUGUCAUGUUACUGUAAUUUAGUCCAACCUUCUCUUUAUUGUAGUAUGAAUCUGUUGAAUGUGAAUGUAACUUAGUUUUAAUCACUUGUUGAAUGUGAAAGUUUAUUUUCUUUGGUUAAUCAGAAAGGUAAGAAGGUAAAUGCCUCCAAUAUUUUCUUAUGGCAAGAAGUUUAAUAUCAUAAGUUCGUCUACCAC